AUGUUGAGGGUGCGAGCGACAAGGGAACGGAAACUGUCGCGAGAGCGCCGCGAGGCAGCGGCGCCGGGUGGUCACGUGGAGUUCGGCCGCUUCCGGGUUCCCCGGGACCGGCCAUGCUGCGGCUGGGUCAGCUCGCCGCCGCCGGGCGCCUGCUGCCCGCGGGUCCCCGCCUCGGGCCGCCGCGCCCCUCUGGGGGCCGGGCGGGCGGCGGCGGGCUCGAGCGGGGGCGGGCGGAGCCCGGCUCUGAAGACGCCCAAGGGCACCCGCGACCACCCCCCCGCCCACGUAGCCCUCCGUGACCGGCUCCUCGCCGCCGUGGUGACCUGUUUCAAGAGGCACGGGGCGGCCGCCAUCGACACCCCCGUGCUGGAGCUGCGGGAGACGCUAACGGGGAAGUACGGGGAGGACACGAAGCUCAUCUAUGAGCUGCAGGACCAGGGAGGGGAGCUGCUGGCCCUGCGCUACGACCUGACUGUGCCCUUCGCUCGCUAUUUGGCGAUGAACAAGAUCACCAACAUGAAGCGCUACCACAUUGCUAAGGUCUACAGGCGGGACAACCCGGCCACAACCAGGGGCCGCUACAGGGAGUUCUACCAGUGCGAUUUUGACAUCGCUGGCCAGUUUGACCCGAUGAUUCCUGAUGCUGAGUGCCUGAAGAUCGUGCAUGAGAUCCUGAGUGACCUGCAGCUCGGGGACUUCAUCAUUAAGGUCAAUGACAGACGGAUUUUGAAUGGCGUGUUUGCCGUCUGCGGCAUCCCAGAGAGCAAGUUCAUAACUACGUGCUCUACUGUGGACAAGCUGGACAAGAUGCCAUGGGAAGAAGUGAGGAGUGAGAUGGUAGGAGAGAAGGGGCUCUCUCCUGAGGCUGUGGAUCACAUCGGGGAAUAUGUCCAGCUUCACGGUGGCCUGGACCUGAUCGAACAGCUUCUCCAGGACCCAAAGCUGUCCCAGAACAAGCUGGCCAAGGAGGGGCUGGGGGACAUGAAGCUGCUGUUUGAGUACCUGACCCUGUUUGGCAUCACAGGGAAGAUCUCUUUCGACCUGAGCCUGGCACGGGGUCUGGACUAUUACACGGGGGUGAUCUUUGAGGCUGUCCUGCUGCAGCCGGAGAAUGACCAUGUGGAGGAGCCAGUCAGUGUUGGGAGCGUGGCUGGAGGCGGUCGCUAUGACGGGCUGGUGGGGAUGUUUGAUCCCAAGGGACGGAAGGUGCCCUGCGUGGGGGUCAGCAUUGGGAUCGAGCGGAUCUUCUCCAUCCUAGAGCAGAGAGUGAAGGCUUCUGGGGAGAAGGUUCGAACAACUGAGACACAAGUGCUGGUGGCUACACCUCAGAAACACUUACUUGCUGCGAGACUGAAACUCAUCUCUGAGCUGUGGGAUGCAGGGAUCAAGGCAGAGAUGCUGUACAAGAAGGACCCUAAACUGCUGAAGCAGCUGCAGUAUUGUGAGGACACGGGGAUCCCCCUUGCUGCCAUUAUAGGAGAGCAAGAGCUGACAGAUGGAGUUGUCAAGCUACGAGAUGUCGCAAUAAGAGAGGAGGUUGAUAUCCCACGAGAAAAGCUUGUUGAUGAGAUCAGAAGGCGGCUGGAGCCCUAGGACUUCUGGCCAGAGGUGCUUGACUGAACUGCUG